AUGGAAUCGCCAGUCAGAAUAUGCAUAGGUGCCGCUUUAGUAGUAAACUUGCUACUGAUAACCAGCACAGUCACUGCAAAUACAUUACCGAUCGAAACGACAAAAAAUCCCAUCAGUAAAACUAAUGGGACCGCAUGGCGGAAUAAACCUAAGCUCCCAGACAUAGCUUUAAAUGAAUUACAUCCCAAAGACUCAACGAGUGAAGAACAUGCUGAGAAAAAUGCUAAAUACAAAGAUAGGGGAAGGGUCAAAUUUAACCUUUCAAAGCCGACUCAAAGUACUUUAAAGAGAACACCGGCUUUGUCUGAUUUAAUCAUAGUGACACCAACUCCAGAAGUUAAAAAACCUGCACAGAUUAUAAGUAGCAUGCACAAUUAUAAGAAAACCAAAAUGCCAGCGGUGACUGUUGUUAGCACUAUUGAACCUGUCUCGGCGAAGUCUGAAAUUGAGAGUGGCGAGUACGAGGAUGAAGGAAAUGAUGAAGAUACAGAGUCUUAUGAAAAAUUUUCAUCUACUAAAUUUGAUGAUGGAAGUUUCUUCACAAUAUCAGGCUUUGAUGACGACGAUAAUUUUAGUGCGAAAAAAUAUAAGCACGGCUCAGACAAAAAGGUGAAAAAUGACUAUAGUACGCCGUCUUUUGCUGGUUUCUCUAGCUUGUUUCCUAAAAGUAUUUAUAGUACACAAGAAGAGUCCUCUUAUAACUCAGAUACAUAUUUUGAUUUUAGUUCUGAUCUCACUACACCUAAAAACGAUUUCUUUGACAAAAAGCACCAAGAAAUAUCCUCUAGUAUCUUAAAUAAUUUAGAAACAAAUAAAGCAAAAUCCCCGCCGCAGAAUAUAACGAACAUGAAUAAAAUAGUUACAGAAAAUAUAGGUUUCAGCAAGCUAAGUAACAAUACACCAGCUAAUAAAUCAAGUGUAUUUAUUAAAAAUACCAAAGAGAUUCGUUAUUUAGAUAGUGAUAAGGCUGGUUCUAAUAGUAAAGGGUUAUCUGAUGUACAAGGUACAAGUAUUUAUUAUGAAAUGACUGUUUUGUCAACUGAAACGUACAAUUUUAAGGACAGUGAUUAUGAUUGCGAUAACGAUACUCAGACUUCAUCUACUACACAAAGUACUCCUAUAAAAGAAGAAGUUGCAUCGAUUAAAGCCAAACUGUCUAUUAAAGAAGCUGAGUCCACAAAAAGAAGCAUUCAAGACUCUGAACCUAGUGCAGUAUCAAUAUCGCCCAUGGCAACGCAUUUUUUCCCAAGCAGUACAGCACAAUCUGUCCUUAGUUCAGUAAGCCCAGUGCCUAUUUCGACACAAAAUACAAUUUUUUCAACUGAUACGUCUCGACUAUAUUCUAGCAACUAUAAUAGUAGAAAUAGAAAUUAUUCAAAACGUCUCAAUCUAUCGGGUGCAAAAGAUUCACCAAAUAGUGUGUUUCCUACUUUACAAACAGAACAAGCAUCAUCUUACCAAUCUAACCGGCCACAAACCAGGCGAUUCCAUUAUACUACACCAAAAACAAAACCAAUAUGGAUGGCACCUAGGAAGAAUGCAACUAAAACUGCACCUAGAGUUCCAACUACUAUUUAUUUUGAACACUUUGACAUCAAAGAUAAGCUAAUGAGCACAAGUAAACCAAAACUUCCAUCAAAAGGAAUUUUAACAACACAGUCAUCUGAUAUUGACCCUGUGUUACAAAGUGAAGUAAGCGGCGUGAAAAAAAUUGUUCAUUCUCAAUCUAUAUCCGAUAAUACUAUUCCAUCAUUAUGGAAAAGAGGUUCGACAAAAUUUUCAUCUUCUACUCCUGCAACUAGUGAAAAAAAUAACACUAUAAAUGAUUUAGAAAUCCCUCCAACGAUGGCUGCAUGGGCGUUGGCUAGUAUGCGGAGUCCUCCAUCAAACAAUGUGAUAAAUAUUACUGCUUCGACACAGAAAAGCGUUGAUGAAAACGAGUUACAGAAGGUUGGAGAAGUUUUAGAAAAGAAAGAAACGACCACAAGUUCAACAACAACGACUACAACUACUAUCGUAAACGACUUUCUUUCUAAAAAUAUUACUGAGAUCUAUCAAAAUAAACUGCCAUGGAAGCCUAUAUCGCCCACUAUAUCAAAUGCUGUAAUUGAUACAAAAGAAAAAUCUGAUACUGAAUCGAUAUCUGAACGAGUACCAGCAGAAAGUAAUAUAUCGAUACAGAGUAGCGCAGAGCCUGUAAGUACCGAGUCAAUGAAAGUGUCAAUAGCAACAAAAGUAAGUUCUGAAUCUGAAACUGAAUCUACGUGGAUACCGGUCAUGGAUCUCGAUCAGUCUACUCUUGAAAAUAAUGAAUCUUUAAAUACUAAAACAAUUCCACCGGUUGAUGAGACUAAAUCAACUGGAUUCGAAUCUAUUACGAAAUUACCAUCGAGUAUAACAACUCCUAGUGACGACACAGCGGCUUCUUCAGAAGUGAAGAAUAUAACGCAAGAGUUAAAACAAUCUAUCGCAAAUACAACUGAAAAUUAUGAAAUUACAACCAUUAGAUUUUCUUACGUUCCAACCGAGAAAUUAAAUGAAGAAACAAUAUCAACAGAUAUUACAGACUGGAUUCCUGCAUCUCCUACACGUACUCGAGAAACCACUGUAGAUGAUACUCCAGUGACUACUUAUAGACCAAAAUACAUAACGACCACUGAAGAAUUAGAGGAAACAACUUUUUUAACUAUAGAAAAUACUUCACCAAUAGAAGUAUCAUCACAAACUAUUAAAAACUCUACACGCAAAGAUAUAUUUACUACAACAGAAGCAAUAGCAGAAAUCACAUCUACAGAUACUCCAACUAGUACAGUAAUUAGUUCGACAGACAGUACAACUAAAGACUUGAGCUCAACUACAAUAGAAAUAACUACUACGCCAAUUGAAACAUCUACAAUCAUAGUAACUGUUGCUACUGAAAUAAACUCUGAAAGAGUUCCAAUUACUACUACCUCAGAUAUACCUGAAACAACUGUUGCAUUAAAAGAAAACGAUAAUGAAAUAAUAACAAAAGAAAAAGAAAUUAUUGAAGCUGAAACAACAACAGAAAUAUAUUCAACAACAAUGCAAACUAAGGCUGUGCCAACAACAGAAAAGUACGUCCCAGUAAUAAUGCCUGUAUCUACAACAACAGAAGAGACAAGUGAAACAGCUACAGAACUUCCACGUCUAGUAGAGAGUACGACAGAAUUUGUGGAGAUUACUACAAAAUCUGUGAAUGAUUUGGAAGAUCUAACGAGUUUUACAGAUGUAACUACAGAGGCGUCUUUGAGGACUCGGGAAGAAGAGGCUGGAUCAGGUGCUGCAAUCGCGAUCGCAGUCAGUACUAUUGGUGUCAUCGCACUAGUUUUAUUGGUUGGACUAUUGUUGGUAGUCCGCCGCCGUGGUCGUCGAGGUGUAUACGCUCAGCGAUGCACCCCCGUGUCUCUAGAUGCGUACAGUCUGGACAGCGUCAGUGUCGGCCAUAGGAAGGGGAACCAUAGACUGCGAGCCAGUAAGCGAAGUUAUGGCAACCCUGCUUAUGACGACGAGGUUACCUCGCAUCCAAUGCAAUAUCCAGCUUUAGCCAACUUUGCAAUGGACAUGGACUCAAUUACUGCUGAAUUCUCCGAAAUUCCGUCGGUGACUGUUCGACCUGAUGAAGUGCCUCCAGGCUGUGAAGAUAAAAACAGAUACUCAAACGUCCUCCCGCUGCCGGAGACCAGGGUACCUUUGAGGAGGAUUGGCAAUGAUCCUACUACAGAGUAUAUAAACGCGAACUAUAUCACGGGUCCUGGGAACAUUCGCAACUACUACAUAGCUUGUCAGGCGCCGCUCGCUAACACCGUCGUUGACUUUUGGCGAAUGAUCUGGGAACAGAACUCGCGACUAAUCGUCAUGCUCACUGAGUAUAUGGAGAAUGGAGUUGAGAAAUGCUACGAAUACUUACCACCAUCAGAAAUAUCCGACAGCAAACGUACAUUCGGGGAGUUUCAAAUUAUACUGAAAAAGCGUGAACAAAAGGACAAAUACGCUAUAUCUAGCGUUCAGUUGAUAAAUCUUUCGACGAGAACUUGGAGAGAAGUUACUCAUAUGUGGUACUUUUGGCCAGCGAAAGGAGUCCCUGAUGAUUACGACUCAGUUAUUGACUUUCUAUCAGAAAUGAGAAGUUAUAUGAAGGUGUCACAAACGGCAAGAGAAUAUGAUGAAGAAGGAGUUGAAGUAAUAUAUCAAGAUCAGAGUCGGUCUUCUUAUCACAAUCUAUCAAAGCUACGUAGCGAUGAAAAUGGAUCGGGCAAUGGAUUGAAUGUAUACUCUCCGGCGAAAGCUGAAGAGCUGAUGAGGAAGAGCAACCCUACUAAUGGCACGUUGGGUAAAUUGAAAGCUGCCUCAGAAGUUGAGGGUAUCCGUCCGUGCACGGUGGUGUGCGCGUCGGGCGCGGGCCGCUCGGCGGCGCUGGUGGCGGCGGACAUCUGCUCGCGCGCGCUGGCCGCCGGCCGCGCCGACGUGCCGCGCACUGUGCGGCGGCUGCGCGACCAGCGCCCGCACUCGCUCACCAAUCGACACCACUACAUAUUUUUGUAUAGGCUGUUGAGUGAAUAUGGAAACAAACUAAUGGGAGGCGGUAUGGACACCAUA